GAAGCGGUCACCUUGUUGUGAUGUGCGCGCACACCCCGCCUCUACCCAGCUGAUGCUUGCGCUCUGUCAAUUCCGAUUCUGAGAGGACGAGUUGAAGGAAAAAAGGGGGAACGAGAAUACCGGGGUCUGCGGAAUAGCGCGGUUACAACAUCCAUGGGUGGCUGUGUAGGCAGUCACCAUGAUUCCUCGGGCAGUUUAAACGAAAAUUCAGACGGAACCGGAGUGGCUCUGGGGCGCAAUCACUCUCUGAAGAGGGAGAAGCCCAAGUGGAAGAGCGACUACCCCAUGACGGACGGGCAGCUGCGGAGCAAGCGCGAUGAGUUCUGGGACACCGCCCCCGCCUUCGAGGGCCGCAAGGAGAUCUGGGAUGCCCUCAGGGCCGCCGCCCACGCCUUCGAGAGCAACGACCACGAACUGGCACAGGCCAUCAUCGACGGGGCCAGCAUAACCCUCCCGCACGGUGCCCUGACGGAGUGCUACGACGAGCUGGGCAACCGCUACCAGCUCCCCGUCUACUGCCUGGCCCCGCCCAUCAACAUGAUCGAGGAGCGGAGCGACCCGGAGGUCCCGGAGGCACCGGAGCCGCCGCCCCCGCCGCCCGGCUCGGGCCAGGAGUGCCAACUGCGGCUGCGCCUCUCCACGGGCAAGGACCUGCGGCUGCCCGUGCGCACCACCGACUCGGUGCAGCACAUGAAGCGCCGCCUGCAGGCCGAGGAGGGCGUGGCGCCUGCCAGCCAGCGCUGGUUCUUCUCCGGGCGGCCGCUGACGGACAAGAUGAAGCUGGAGGAGCUGAAGAUCUCCAGGGACUACGUGGUGCAGGUGAUCGUCAGCCAGCCGCCCGCGCUGCCCCCCGCAGAGAACCCCACGCCUGUGGAGAGCUAA